AUCCAUAGUUCUCAUUUCUCAGUACUUUUCUUUCUAGGUUGAUUUGAGGAAUUUUUUUCUAUUGUACCUUGUUUCUUGUUUCUGAGUGUUGAUUUUGGAGGAGAAAUGAGUAGUUAUUUGGGUGUAGGUGUUAGUACUGGGACUGUCCCAGUUAACCACGACACAAAUGCGAAAGUGUUUGAUAGGAGGAUCAAGAUAACUGAGUUGGUGUUGAGGUGUGUGAUCUUAGGUUUGGGAGUUCUCACGGCUGUUCUCGUGGGAACUGAUUCCCAAGUCAAAGAGUUUUUCUCAAUUCAGAAAACAGCAAAAUUUACAGACAUGAAGGCUUUAGUAUUCCUGGUAGUUGCAAAUGGGUUAGCUGCUGGGUUCUCCUUACUCCAAGGGCUGCACUGUAUCGUUUGUAUCCUCAGAGGAAGAGCACUUUUAAGCAAGCAACUAGCUUGGGCAAAUUUUUCUGGUGAUCAGGUAAUGGCAUAUGUAACAGUGGCGGCAGUGGCGGCUGCAGGGCAAUCGGGUAUGUUAGCAAAGGUGGGCCAGACAGAAAUGCAGUGGAUGGAGUUGUGCAACAUGUAUGGAAAAUUCUGCAACCAAGUGGGAGAAGGGAUGGCUACUGCUUUUGUGGUUAGCCUUAGUAUGGUGGUCCUGUCUUGUAUUUCUGCUUUCAGUCUCUUCCGUUUGUAUGGUGGUCACAAAAUGAAAAAUGUAAAUUGCUAGGUUGGAAAAUACCAUUGAUUCAAGUUAUUAGCAUACCUACUACUCAACCAAUUGUUCUGCAACUUGCAAGGUUCUUCGUGUAUG